AUGGGCUGGGUACACAAUGCGUCCCCGGAGAUCGACGCCCAGUCCAGAUAUCCGCUCAUUCUGGGGGUGUGCAUUACCCUGACGGUCUUGAUGGUCAUCACGGUUUGCCUGCGACUGUUCGUGCGUAUCAAACUUGGGAGAUUCGGCGCUGCCGACUAUGUGAUGGUGUUUGGAAUGAUAUUCAGUAUCGUCUACAAUGCUCUCUGUAUCGCCCAAAGCCGUUAUGGACUGGGAUUACCACUGGCGUUGCGACCAAAGGCGGACCUCCUAACGUACACAAAGGUACUGACUCGUCCGCUUCGUGCUCGAUUCGAUCUUUCUGACCAGGCAAUGCAGAUAAACUACGCCGGUCGCCCGUUCUACCAACUCGGAAUCGCGGGUUUCAAAGCCGCACUGUGCAUCAACUACCUUCAUCUGCUCGCGAAAACCUCCAAGCGCUUCUAUCGGAUGUUGAUCUGGGUGGUGAUCAUAAUGUCGACCUUGGGACAUGUGGCUGGCACAUUGGUUCUGAUUCUGAACUGCACGCCAGUAGAGCGGGCCUGGAAUCCGACCAUUUCUGGUACAUGCCUUCCGGUAGGACCGACCUUCUACGGUCUUGCGGCCUUUACGAUCGUCUGUGAUGUCGUCGUCAUCUUCCUGCCGAUUCCAUUGCUACUACAGUUGAAAGUGAAACCAGCGCAGAAGGCAGGCGUGGCAUGCUUGUUCCUCCUCGGACUGUUCACUACCCUCUGCUCCAUUCUACGGCUAACACAGAUCCAUCGCGUGGUGGCUGUGGAUGGGGAUUCUACCAUGUUAGUCCUGUGGGGCACAAUCGAAUUCAAUGUCGGAAAUAUCGUCACCUCUCUUCCAUUCCUUACGCCCCUUCUCAAGAUGUUUGUGCGCGACUUUCGCUCCCGCAGUGCCAGCGAGCUUCGCAAGAACACUGGGUACUCCUUGCAAUCCUACUCCAGGAACCGACACUCGCAAUUGAAAUCGGAACACGCCAAGGAGCCAGCCCCUGUUCAACGAACGCCCAGUGAGGAGCUAAUCCUCGACACGGACGAUUCCAUCGCUCGAGCGAACGCCGAAAUCCACGUCACCGUCGAGUACCGUGUCUCACACGAGAAUGGUAAAUGA